CCUGACUGCGACUGUCGGCCACCAGAUAUGCAGAGACAUUGACGGUGCAACAAGCAAUUGAUAUCUCGUCGGCAUAUUGACACCACCGGCCGUCACCAUGGCUAGCGUCCAAGUGCCGCCUGCGGCGCCGCACCCAGGCUCUGCCAUCCCCGCUGGCAUGACGCAGCAACAAGCCCAGGAAGUUUACAUGAGGUAUCAACAGAUGAAGAAGCAAGGCGUUCCUAGCACCGACCCUGAAUUCAUCAAGGCCCAGACCAUUCUCGCUGCCCUCCAGCGGCAGAAUGAGUUCCGCAAGCAGCAGAUGCAAAUGCAGCAGCAGCAGCAACAGCAACAGCAACAGCAACAGCCAAUGCAGAAUGGCGCGAAUGGUGUUGUCAACGGUGCCGGGCCUAUGCGCGCUGCCCAAGCCUCCGUCCCACAGACAACGAUGUCUCCUGCGACAAAUGCACUCGGCGCGUCCGCUCUUCCAGCAGCUUCAAACCCCUCCGCCCCCCCCUCGGCUGGCUCUGCUUCGGCGCAAGCCCAAGGGCCGCAAGCCUCCGACCGGUUCACCCCUGCCCAGAUGAACCUCUUGUGGACGCAAAUCAAGGCUUUCAAGAUGCUGGGCAAGAAUGCCGGCGUUCCCAUCCAGGUCCAGAAGGUCAUUUUUGAACACCGCGCACGCCGCCAAGCAUAUCUAGCCAAACAAGAUCCGCAGGCUUCCUCAACAACAGCCGCUUCGGACACUCCAGCGCCAGAUGCUGCGAAGCCCGGUGGGAACGAGGCAGACGCUGCUAUGGAAGACACCUCUUCGAUACCGCAGCCCAAGUCGUUCAAGACUGUAAAAUCGCCCUAUGACGGAGGCCUCGUACGGAAGAGCAUUUCCUAUAUGGACCACAGUCGUCGCAAGAAUCGUCUCAUCAUCCCGGGCAUUUUCCCCACAGGGAUUGAUUUUGAGCAGCUGAGAGCGGAUCGCGAGAAGAUCGUAUUCAAUCGCAUGAGCGCAAGGUACUCCGAGCUGAAGUCCCUUCCCGGCAACCUGGCGCACAUGGACGCCUCCAAGGAUGAGCUCGUCGUCGACGAUACCGCCAAGCGGAAAGCUAUUAUUGAGAUGAAAUCAUUAGCUCUCUAUUCCAAGCAGCGCGCCCUUAGGGACAGGAUUGGGAAGCAAAUGAUGCACUACGACAAUCUUGCCAUGACCACAAACCGAGCCCUAUAUCGCCGCAUGAAGAAGCAAAACGUGCGGGAAGCACGCAUCACGGAGAAGCUCGAGAAACAGCAGCGGGAUGCGCGCGAGAACCGUGAGCGUAAGAAGCAUAAUGAGUUCUUGCAAGCCGUCUACAAUCACAGAAACGAGAUUGUCAAUGCUGCUCAGACUCAGCGCGGCAAGAUGCAGAAGCUUAGCCGCCUCAUGUAUGCUCAUCACUUCAACAUCGAAAAGGAAGAGCAGAAGAGGGUCGAGCGUACGGCCAAGCAGCGUCUGCAAGCCCUCAAAGCCAACGACGAAGAAGCUUAUCUCAAGCUGCUCGACCAGGCCAAGGAUACUCGUAUUACUCACUUGCUCCGUCAGACCGACGGCUUUUUGCACCAGCUUGCGUCGUCCGUCCGAGCGCAACAACGUCAAGCUGCCGAGCGCUAUGGCGAGGAAGUCGACCUUCCCGAUGAGAGCGACGUGGAUGAGGACGACGAGGAGAGCGGUCGGAAGAUCGACUACUAUGCUGUGGCUCACCGGAUCAAAGAAGAGGUUACCGAGCAAGCUAGCAUUCUGGUUGGCGGUACCUUGAAAGAGUACCAGCUCAAGGGCCUGCAAUGGAUGUUGUCGCUUUACAACAACAACCUGAACGGUAUCCUGGCUGAUGAAAUGGGUCUCGGCAAGACCAUUCAAACCAUCAGUUUAGUCACAUACCUCAUCGAGAAGAAACAGCAGAACGGGCCGUACCUGGUUAUCGUUCCGCUCAGCACCCUGACCAACUGGAAUCUCGAGUUCGACAAGUGGGCGCCUUCGGUUACCAAGGUUGUGUACAAAGGCCCGCCCAAUACCAGAAAAAUGCAACAGGAGAAGAUUCGUCAAGGCAAGUUCCAGGUCUUGCUCACCACAUACGAGUACAUUAUCAAAGACCGCCCUCUCCUCAGCAAGAUCAAGUGGUUCCACAUGAUCAUUGAUGAAGGGCACCGGAUGAAGAACACAAACUCCAAGUUGAGCGCAACCAUUCAGCAGUACUACACUACCCGGUUCCGCCUGAUUCUCACUGGUACCCCUCUCCAAAACAACCUGGCCGAGCUAUGGGCCAUGCUCAAUUUCGUCCUACCGAACAUCUUCAAGUCCGCAAAGACAUUCGACGAGUGGUUCAAUACUCCGUUUGCAAACACGGGCGGUCAAGACAAGAUGGAGCUCACCGAAGAAGAGCAGAUCCUCGUCAUUCGCCGCCUGCAUAAGGUGCUGCGGCCCUUCCUGCUUCGCCGUCUCAAGUCGGAUGUUGAGAAAGACCUCCCGGACAAGACGGAGAAGGUCAUCAAAUGCAAGUUCUCAGCCCUGCAGGCUCGCUUGUACAAGCAAAUGGUUACCCACCAAAAGCUUGUGGUCAGCGACGGCAAGGGCGGCAAGACGGGAGCCCGUGGAUUGAGCAACAUGAUUAUGCAGCUCCGGAAGCUCUGCAAUCACCCAUUUGUAUUUGACGAAGUUGAAAAUCAAAUGAACCCUGCCAAUGUCAGCAACGAUCUCCUCUGGAGAACGGCCGGCAAGUUUGAGCUUUUGGACCGGAUUCUACCAAAGUAUAAGGCGACUGGCCACCGCGUUUUGAUGUUUUUCCAGAUGACCGCCAUCAUGGACAUCAUGGAAGACUUCCUCCGCUUCCGUGGGAUCCAGUAUCUCCGGCUCGACGGUACGACAAAAUCCGAGGACCGGUCUGACCUGCUUCGAGAGUUCAACCGGCCGGAUUCACCAUACUUCAUGUUCCUGUUGUCCACCCGAGCGGGUGGUCUCGGUCUGAAUCUGCAGACGGCCGACACAGUUAUUAUCUAUGAUUCCGACUGGAAUCCCUUCCAAGAUCUGCAGGCCCAGGAUCGUGCUCAUCGUAUCGGCCAGAAGAAUGAAGUACGGAUUCUCCGGCUGAUCAGCUCUGCCUCGGUCGAAGAGAAGAUCUUGGAGCGCGCCAGGUUCAAACUCGAUAUGGACGGCAAAGUCAUCCAGGCCGGGCGAUUCGACAACAAGUCGUCGGAGACGGAUCGAGAUGCCAUGCUCAGGACCUUGCUGGAGACAGCAGACAUGGCCGAGUCGGGCGAGCAAGAGGAGAUGGACGACGAGGAGCUAAACAUGAUCCUUGCACGAAACGAGGACGAGCUUGCCGUUUUCCAGAAGCUUGACGAGGAAAGGGCGCGCGAUCCCAUUUACGGAACAGCCCCCGGCUGCAAAGGUGUCCCGCGCCUUAUGACGGAAGACGAGCUCCCAGAGCUCUAUCUCUCUGAGGGCAAUCCAGUCGAAGCAGAGUCUGAGGUCGUCUUGGGUCGUGGAGCUCGUGAACGCACAAGGGUUAAGUACGACGACGGGCUCACGGAAGAGCAAUGGCUCAUGGCGGUCGAUGACGAUGAGGACAGCCCUGAGGCAGCCGCAGCGCGGAAACAGGCGCGCAGAGACAAGAGGGAGGCGAACAGGUUGAAGAAGAUGGCUCUCUUGAACGCCUCUAUGGAGAAUUCGCCCUCUGCUAGCCGCGCUAGCACUGAGGAUGUCGAAACUCCGGUCAAGAAGCGCGGGCGCAAGCCUGGCAGCAAGAACCUGGAGAAACGAAAGGCAGAAGAUGGCGACGAUGAGCCACCUGUUAAGAAGCGCCGUGGACCACAGGGACGUCCCAAGGCAAUUAGCAUAAACGGCAGCGACAGUCGCCUGUCGCCAGAGCUCCGAGAGAAGCUUCAGAGAAGCUUGAGGCGUAUCUUUGACGGCCUGAUGAAUCUCGAGGUGGAUGACGAUGAACCUGAGAAACCCGACGGUGAGAAGGAAGAUGAUGAUGAACCGCCGAAGCGGCUGAUCAUCGGCCCCUUCGUGAAGCUGCCGCCCAAGCGAGAAUGGGGCGACUACUAUGUCAUCAUUUCCAACCCAAUCUGCAUGAACGACAUCCAAAAGAAGAUCAAGAAGGAGGAGUACAACAGCCUAUCCGACCUUCGCAAGGACCUGGACCUGCUCGUCAGCAACUGCAGAACAUACAACGAGGAAAGCAGCGGUAUCUGUCAAGACGCAAACAUGAUAGAGACCUUUUUCCGCUCUCAAUUUGAGAAGGAAUACGCUGAGAACCCUGACCUCCGCGGGCUCGAGGGAUCUUCCUCGUCGUCGGCCCCGGGCUCGGUCAAGGACGCCUCGGUCGCACCUCCGUCAUCGACGGCUGAGCAGACGCCCCAGCCCACUCCGAGCGGACCCCCACGGAUCAAACUGGUCUCAAGCUCCAACGGCACCGCUGCUGGCAGUAGUUUUGGCGGCGGCGCCGGCAGCUUGGUCAACGGCGGCAGCAGCGGCGUGCAAAGCGACGAGGAUUAGAAGUUGGUUCGUCGCCGCUUGUCGGCUAAUUCCUCUGCCGAGUCUUCGACUCCGGCCGCCGCUCCCGUUGCCGGUCCCGGUCCGGGUCCGGGUUCUGGAUUGGGCCCCCACGGGAAGACACCCAGAAUCAAGGUGGUGCCCAGUUCGCAUGCCCGUGCUGCGCGCAGGAGGCAGGGUUGAGGGUGC